AUGGGACAAGAGGCUUUUGUGGGGGGAGCAGCACCAGACUCACCUGUGGUUACCAUGGAGGGCCAGGAGUCCAGCAUCUUCAAAUUCAUGAAAGACAACAGACCGCUGGAUUUCAGAGAGGUGGCAGACUUCCUGGUGGUCUACAUUGCAGAAGCACACUCAUCAGAUGGUUGGGCCUUUACCAACAACUAUGAUAUAAACCAGCAUCAAAGCCUCGAAGACCGGCUGUCUGCUGCACGUAUCCUGGUUCAGAAGGACCCCCGGUGUCCAGUGGUGGUGGAUAAAAUGUCCAACUCCACGAGUAUAAAGUAUGGAGCACUGCCUGAGCGCUUGUAUGUGCUGCAGGCUGGGAAAGUUAUGUACAAGGGAAAAAUGGGUCCGUGGGGCUACAAUCCAUUGGAAGUACGUGUCUUUCUGGAAAAAAUGAAGACAUCUCCAAUCAUGGUGUGA